AUAUGACUUCAGGAGAGGUGGCUACGUACGUGCUCGCCCUCCUCUCUUCCUGCCAGAACCCCCAGAACGUCCAUGCCCUGGGGCAGACCGUGGACCUGCUCAGCAUCCUGCAGCAUAAAACGGAGGAGGAGAGGGCCAGCCUGAAGGAGGAGGGUGUCCCGAAGACCACCCUGUACAGUGUGAGCCUGGAUGCCCUGGGCCUGUGCCUGACGAGAGUGCACGGCUACCAAGAAGCAUCCGUGGUCCUGGCCAAGCAGGUGCUGCACCCUGAGAGCCACCUCUCUGUGGACACCCGUGCCGUGGCGGCACUGGCAAUGGCAUGCACGUACGGCCAGACGGACCUCAAUGACAUCCAGGGCCUGCUCUGGGAGGCACUGUCGACGGUGACCAACGGCUUCCUCGACGAGCAGGAGAAGGGGAAGGGCAUGAUCGGGAACAUCUACAGCAUGGGGCUGGCCCUGCAGGCACUGGAGGCCACAGCCAAGUUUUACACCCCGCGGGUGUGGGACUGUGCCCAGGCCUUCUCCGUGGUGUACAGCCACGACUACCGCCAGCCCAUGGCCAUCGCUCAG